CAGCGGCUGUGGGAAUCGGAAAUUUAUUUCAUCGAAACAAAAUGGCGGCAGGUGCAAAUGUUUCAUGUCCGUGGCCCAAUACUGAAGAUGAUUAUGAAUUACGCGACGUUAUCGGUGUUGGUGCAACGGCUGUUGUGUAUGGUGCUUAUUGUAAACCCAGGGGUGAAAAAUGUGCCAUAAAAAGGAUAAACUUAGAGAAAUGGAAUACUUCAAUGGAUGAACUCCUAAAAGAAAUUCAGGCUAUGUCUAGUUGUAAUCACGAAAAUGUAGUAACAUAUUAUACAAGUUUUGUGGUAAAUGAUGAACUAUGGCUUGUUUUGAGGUUACUAGAAGGUGGUAGUCUAUUAGAUGUUAUAAAACAUAAAAUGAAGGUUACAAAUUGCAAACAUGGAGUUUUUGAUGAAGCCACUAUUGCAACAGUUCUCAAAGAAGUUUUGAAAGGCCUGGAAUAUUUCCAUAGUAAUGGACAAAUACAUAGGGACAUCAAAGCUGGUAAUAUACUGCUGGGGGAGGAUGGCACUGUUCAGAUAGCAGAUUUUGGGGUCUCCGCAUGGUUAGCCACCGGCAGAGAUAUAUCAAGGCAAAAAGUUAGGCACACAUUUGUUGGGACGCCAUGUUGGAUGGCCCCAGAAGUAAUGGAACAAGACCACGGCUACGACUUCAAAGCUGAUAUUUGGUCAUUUGGAAUAACAGCAAUCGAAAUGGCAACUGGAACCGCGCCAUAUCAUAAAUACCCACCUAUGAAGGUCUUGAUGCUUACCUUGCAAAAUGACCCUCCUAAUUUAGAAACUGGGGCAGAUGAGAAGGAGCAGUAUAAAGCAUAUGGAAAAACAUUUAGGAAAAUGAUUGUGGAUUGUUUACAAAAAGAUCCUUCCAAAAGGCCAACAGCCACAGAAUUGUUAAAACAUCCAUUCUUCAAAAAGGCAAAAGAUAGAAAGUAUCUCACACAAACUUUAGUUGCUAUUGGACCAAGUAUGGAGACUCGAGUCCACAAGGCUAGUAAAAAACAACCAGGGGCAUCCGGAAGAUUACAUAGGACUCUGACUGGUGGUUGGGUGUGGAGUGAAGAAGAGGAUGAAGAUGCAGAAGCUCCCGAAUCUGAUGAAGACUCCUCCACUGGGGAGGACAAGAGGCCCAUGAAUGAGCUUCAACAAGCAGACUCCAGUGGGAGUGAAGAUGACGAGGAACCUGUAACUGGGGAAAAAAAACCUCUACAAGAAACAAGAAUGGAUGAGAAGGGAGGACCACAAGUGAUUAAUCUAGUAUUAAGAUUGAGAAAUGCUCGCAGAGAAUUGAAUGAUAUCCGUUUUGAAUUCAUAAUCGGCAAAGAUUCCGCAGAGGGUAUCGCCGGUGAAUUAGUAGGCGCUGGGUUGGUGGACCCCCAUGAUAGUGUUCCCAUCUCACUGAACUUGGCCAAGCUGCUUGAGGCACAAUCGAUGCCAUCGUCUUCCAAAGCCAUUACAUUCCAUUUGAAUUCCACCGGUCCCAACGAACAGUUCGACGACAAAGCGCUCAUAGGAUUCGCGCAAAUAUCUAUUGUAGACUAAUUUAAAAAAUUACAAGACGGAGUGUGUAUGUGUGAAAAACAAUUCAAAGUCCUUCGUUAAAGUAGUGAGUGGAAUUUCUUAAUCAUUCCUUCGAUUAGUUAACAGCGAAGGCCUAUAGAUGGCGCUUCCUCGAUGCCUUAGAAGUACGUAAAACGUAUCAUAUUCAUAUAAGUCGAUAAAUAAUAGUAAUUUUAAAAUUACUGAUACGAAACUAAAAUUGUAAAUUUUGAUUUAUAGAAUUUUAAUGACUUUUCCACUUUGCAUAGAUAUAUUUAAA